UAUAAAAUUAAAGUACAUUAUUUCUAGUUCAUUAUCUAAUACUUAUAUAUUUAAUUUUAUUAAAUUAUUUAGGAGAAAUAAAAAAUUCUAGGUACAGGACAACGAGACAAGAAAAUGUUUAAACUUAACUCUGUUAAUGGAAAAUUUGACAUUGUUUUUGCUGGAGAUUUGGAUACUGAAGAUAAAGCAAAAAUUAAAUGCAUCCGUGGCACCAGUGCAGGUCGACGGAAAAAUGCAGAAUGGAAGUCACAUUUAUUUGAUAAAAAGAAGCGGGGACAAACAGAUGUAUCAAAAAUUAAAUCAAAUAAAACUUCAAAACUAAGACUAGAAAAAGAUAGAGAAAGAAAACUUGCACCAAAUGUAACUCCAAGAACUGACGAAGAACUUGAAGAAGUACUUGUGUCAGAUAUUUCAAAUGACAGAAAACAAUCUGGAACUAAAAAAGAUGCAGAAACUGAAAACAGUAGUAAUGUUUCUAUAAUUAGAAGAGAUACUUAUUCAAAACAGUGUAAAAAUGACGAUUCAUCUUACAUUUCACAAGAACAAUUAAAUACAUUAUUCACUGAACUUUUUAAUGAAGCAGAACCUGAAAAAGUCGAGAAACCACCUUCCAUACAAAGUCCAGACAAUGAAACAAAAGAUAUUCCCAUUGAAGAAUCGACUUUAAUGAACAGUUCAAGACAGGAGGAGAUCAGAAAAAAACAAGCCACACCUGAUUGUGAAUAUUACCCAUGGGGGAGACCAGGUGGUGGUGCACCAAUCAAAGCCGAGGACCCAGGAAAUAUAAGAGCAGAGCUACGGAGAAGUAUAAAACUUCAAGAUGAAAGACAGGAGGCAGAAAAACUAAACGAAUCUUUGAACUCUUCUAGUAACGCUGGAAAUAAUCUCAAUAAAUCUAUGUCAAAGAAAAAUCGAUCAUUUGCCAGAGGUCAAGUUAAACAGCAGCACGAACUCGAUGACUUAGAAAAACGGAGAUUAAAGCAUCUUGAACACGAGAGAGAAAUUGCAAAACAAGUUGAGGAGAAAAGACUUGCAAAGAAAUUGGCUAGAGAAGCACAACUAAGAGAAGAACAAGAAUCAGAAGCAAGGUUUCAAAGAGAACGUGAAAUGCUGCAAAAAAGAAUGGAAGAAGAAAAGAAGAAGCAAAAAGAAAAAGAGGAGGAGAAGAGGAAACAGCAGGAACUAAUCGAAGCAAGUAUAAAGAAGGCGUAUGAUGAGGCUGUUCAAGCGAAAAAGCAGACUCGUUUAGCUCGUACAAUGAAUGCAGAAAAAACAGAUAAUGAAACACAAUCGAGACAAGCUAAAAAUGAGAGCGAGGCUACCCAAAUAAACCAUCAAACUUAUCGAAAGCAGUACUCUAAUGAAAGUAAAAAGAUUACCUCUCAACGGUUGAAAGAAGAGACUUCAUAUCUGCCAGUGUCUGGAGAUGAAAACGAAUUGACGAAUAAUUCUAUACGAAGUAGCCACGAAUACGAAACUGAAAAAAAGACAAUAACGAAAGCAUCGAAAAUUCCAAAACCCAAAAAAACAAAAAAUGCUGAAAAUGAUCAGCCGCAAGAAUCUCGAAAAGUUAAAAAGAAAAUUAAGAAACGGUCAUCCGAGUUAACAGAAAAUAACUACGUGGAACACUCUCAAGCUGAAACAAAAGAUAAAACAAGAAAGUUAAGCAGGAAAAAAGAGGAGAAGAAUGCAGAGGAAACUUUGAACAAUCUGGUCGAUGAUUACCUUGUCCCGUUUCAUCGGACUAAAACGGAAGUGCUACAACACGACGGCAUUGAAGACUGGUCAAAAGAAUCUGUCAGAAGAAACGAUGAUCCCUUUGAUAUAGAGCGUUUUUCUUCACCCGAAACACCGUCACGACGUCAACAACAAAUCAUCAAGCAGUUGCAUGCUUUAAGACAAGGAUUGAUGGAAAAACAAAGAGAACAUAUUUUACCGGAACACCACUACGCCUAUUGAUCGUCCAUAAAAUAUAAAUAAAUAAAAAGUUUCCGUUCGUCCAAAUAUGGUAAAAUCCAUAGUAUAAUUUUUACUACCACAAUACGAAUUAUUAACUUUUACUCUGCCCUGUUUACAAGGAACUGAGUAUCACUCCUCAAUGAAAUCUCAUUGCUCUGGCAAACCAAGGAGUAUAUUAUAUAACUCGCUUCAAGAGUCGAUAUAAAAACGGGAUCUCCACUUUACUCGCCUAACUGAAUUACUCGGUUCCAUAUAAACAGCGCAUUGGUUUCGUUUUAUUUAUCACAUGUAUAUAAAUUUUAAAUGAAUUUUGUAGAUAUUUAUUUCAGAACUUUUUUAUUUGGAGCAGGAGUUAUGCACAGUUAAUUUGUACAUAUGUGAAUUUGAAUAAGAAAAAUAAAUUUUAUAGGCACA